AGGAAAUAUAAAUCAGCAAGAUGACUGCUCCUAGCAAGGGACUACGCAAGGCCAAGGAGUAUGACUGGAAGGACUCGAACCUUGCACUCUUCGGCUCGGAUACCGAGAAGAAUAUCAAGAAAGAAUCGGCUCAAACCGAACCAGCUUGGAAGGGUGCCGGGUCAAAGGUCGGUCUUGAGAUAUGGAGGAUCGUCAAGUUUAAGGUCAAGCGUUGGCAAAAGGAGGAAUACGGAAGCUUCUACAGCGGGGAUUCUUAUAUCAUCCUCAAUACAUACAAAGAUCCCAAUUCAAAGAGCGAGGAGCUUCUAUAUGACGUUCACUUUUGGAUCGGGAGAUACUCCACACAGGAUGAGUACGGCACUGCAGCCUACAAGACCGUCGAGCUCGAUCACUUCCUUGACGACAAGCCCGUCCAGCACAGGGAAGUCAUGGACUUCGAAUCCGACCUCUUCAAGUCUUACUUCGAGGAAAUCACAUUGAUGGAGGGCGGAGCCGACACUGGUUUCCGUCAUGUGGAACCCAAGAAUUACGAACCACGUCUACUCCACUUCAAAGGAGACCGCAAGCGCGUCAACGUGCACGAGCGCCCAAGGUCUCGAAGGUCUCUGUGCAGCGGUGACGUGUUCAUCCUGGAUCUUGGUCUCAAACUCUACCAAUGGAACGGAUCAAAGAGCAACAAGGAUGAGCGUACUAUGGCUGUUCAGUACAUCUCCAAACUGAAGGAGAAGCGAGGCAAGGCCAGGAGCGAGACCCUGGAUGAGAGGCGCGUGGGGGACUCUCACCCCUUCUUUACCAACCUGCCCGAUGUCCCCGUUGACGAAGUGGACUGCGUUCCAACGGACAACUCCCUCCCUUGCAUAUACAGGCUCCAGAACACUGGAAAGCUGACAUUCACCAAGGUUCAGGAAGGAAUCCCUCUGAAGAAGGACAAACUGGACUCCAACGAUGUUUUCAUCGUUGAUACACGCGUGGAUUGUUUCGUUUGGAUCGGAAAAGGCGCUGACGAGGUCGAACGCAGAAAUGCUUUUGGCUACGUCCAUAAUUACCUGCAGAAGUCCGAACAUCCUUACAUCCCAGUCACAACCGUCAAGGAUGGCCAGUCGUGCCAUGCAUUCGAUGCCGCCCUUGCCUAAACCCGUCUCAAAGUCCCGUAUUCGGAACCGUGGUUUAAUGCAAACUCUGGUCUAAAGCUGUGGUUUAACUAUGGAAAGCCAAUUGCGUCACAACUCUCAACAGGGUUGGUCUAUCAGCUCAUUUUGCACUCACAUUAUUCUUAAUUGUCUGGGAUAGUGACUAAACUUGUUGCCUCCACCAUUAAAGCAUAUGGAAAGAGCAGAUUAAGAAUAAAAAACGUACAAAGUAAACAUGUUUUGACAUUUUUGGCUUGCCAUAACUUUUACACAGGGUUAGACCAUGGUCAAGUUAUACUGGCCUGCAGAUUAUGGGUCCAUAGGCAUGUGUAUGCCAAUCCGUGACGUCAAAAGCAUAAAGAUAUUACUAUUCUCCAGAUACGAUAUGAAAAUGCCAAUUUUACGGCGACUUGUGUCGAUAUGUGGCGUUGUUUCACAACUGUCAAGAUAAUAAAAGAUUACACCAAGAGUGUGAUUGCUAUUUGGAGACACAUAAAGAAAUACCAACUAAGAUAAAUAUAAUUAUUAUUAUUAUUGAUAAAUGAUAAUGUAAAAUAAACUAAAAGAACAUGACAAAUAUCGUAAUUAUGGUGAGUUGGGGGAAAAAUCAGAAGGUAAUGUCAAAAAUAAAAGGUACAUUGCAUAUUGUAAUCACUCCCAAAUAAUAGUAUAUUAUUUCCUAUGCAAUAGUGAAAUGAUUAUGUAAAGUAACAUUGUUAGAGACCUGUCGGUCGAUAUGGUAGCAAAUUAAAGUUUAUGUUAUUCGUUAGAAUGACCUAAAUGGUAUUUGUAUUUUGAAUACUUUUAUAUAUCGCCUUUAGACUUAGUGCAAUUUUUUUGUUAUUUAUUUUAGAAGAGUGACCAUAAUAUCUCGUGAUUUGAAAUUAAUCGUUUCAUUAUAAAGUUUAUGUUUCUGUUAGAAUUAGUAAAAUAAAGGUAUGUGUUAUUCAACAUUCUUCACUCUUAUUGGCAAUUUGUUACAAUACGUUAUAAUAUUUAACGUUGAGUAUUUUUGUAAGUUAUCGAUGAAAUUUAAGGAAAAGUACAGAUUGAAAUGCAAUAGAGUUUACGAAAUUGUACUUGACGAAAGCCUCAUUAUUUUGCCUUGUUAUUGAACUUUGUAAUUUCAAAUAUUUUGAUAUUCAUAUCUGUGAAUUUACAGCACUGUUUUCAUGGAAAAUUCACCUCGAAAUUUUAGCCUUACAAUUUUUUUUAAUGAAAAUAAAUCAAUGACAUUUAUGACUACAUUAAAGCAAUAUAUUAGUCAAAUUUGUUAUGAUAAUUAUAUUCAGUUUAUGUUAGUAAAGUAAUACCAGUGACAAAUUCAUGGGGGUGGGCUUGAUAUCUAAUUUUGCAGGGAUCGCUUAUUUCAGCAAUUUCUUGUAAAACAUUUAUGAACUUUUUUGUCGGAUAUAUGAUAUCUUAUAUGGAAGAAAAAUUGCAUCUUUGUUUCAAACAAAUAAAAAAAAGUUGGAAAUCAAUCCUUGUAUCAAAAUCCUAAUGAUAUACAAAGGCGUAAUUUAUCAUCACCGCCGCCAUCUGUCUGCCACUGUCGUGUCACAAACACAAAGUAGUUCACGAAGUAGAUGUACUUGAAGAUUUUUAUAAGUAUUAAAUUGUUGCCAUUUUGUAGCAACGUGAUUACCUUACGAAAA